AUGGGCUCUCGAUCGCGCGACGUGCCCGACGAGGAGCUCUUUAUGAGCCGGCCGCGGCCCGACGCCGACGACUGCGACAGCCCGACGGUCGAGCCGCUGAGGAUAUUCAAGCCGCAAAGCCCCGCCGGUGAUAAGACGUCGUCAAACCGGCCCAGGUACCCCACGCCUCCGUCUUCGUCUUCUCACUCCGCUGCUGCAUCGUCGAGCUCGGCGUCCAAGCCGGGAAUCGCUUCUCUGCCGCCGCUGCCGUCCUUUCCCUUCGGCGCAUCAAGCUCUGCCGCCCCGCUGCCAUACCCCGACGACGACGACCACAAGACCAAGCCGCAACCCAAGCCGAGCCGUCUUCCGUAUCCCGAUGACGGAUCGAAGUCGUCGUCUCCGGCCGGCAGGGUCUACAGCCCCCCGCCGGCCUCCUCAAGCUCGUCGGCGCAGAAGGACCCGCUUUCUCGUCCAACGGUCAGCACGGGGGACAAGAAGGCAGGCCUUGCCGAGAGGCGCGGAACCGCAGUCACGCCGCUCCAGAGCCCCGUCAGCCCUGCCGGCGGCGACGACGACGAAGGCGGCCUCUUCGCCAAGCCCCUGAGGAACCAGGCCGCCCCCGCGCCCAAGGUCUCCAACGCCUACCAGCAGAAGCCCUACUAUCCUCCACCCGGCGGCGCCAGCAAUCAGGGCGCGAACAUCACUCGCUAUGAUUCGACAGCCUCCAACUCAACCACGCGCGCGAAUCGUGGGUCGCCGCCCCCGCCCGAAACGCCCGUCGUCGAGCCAGGCGUGAUUCCCGGAGGGGACAUCGAAGCACGGUAUGCAGCCGCAGGCAUCUCGGGUACUGCGACGCUCAACAGCCUGCAGACGCCGAGCGCCGCCGCCCAGUCACGGCUAGCACAGUACGCCAACCAGCCGCCUCCGGCCCAGGCCCAGCAGCCCCGGCCGUGGACACCAACCGAGACGCCAGGCCAGCAGCCGUUCGGGCCGCCUACCGUGUACCAAGGCUCCGACGUGGUGUCGAGCCCGUCGCCGCCGCAGCAGACGCCGGCUUUCAACCUUCCCCGUAAUCCCAACCCGGCAACCCAAGUGCCCACAGGAGGCAACCUGCAAAUAAGCGUGCUGGAGCAGGACUUCCAACGCAUGCAGACUUCGACCCCCCCGCCGGCUUAUACCAGCGUCAACCCCAAUGCGAGCUCGCAAUACCCAGCCGAAAAGCAACGGCCUGCGCAAGCGAGCUCGAGCGCCCCGAACUCAACCCCGGCCGCGGCUUCGUCUGCCGCGCCCGCGAGCGCUCGGCCGGGCUCCGGGCCCUCCUCCACCGUUGCCUCUCCGGCGGCCCAGAAACCGCAUCCGGCCGCCGCUUCUGCCGCCGCCGCCGCCGUUCCUGCGCACAACGCAGGGCACCCCGCCUUUGCCAACGAGGCCCAGCCGGCGGCGGCGCAGAACGGACAGCCGGGGCUGACGCACACUCCCUCGCUCCUCGCAGCUGCCCAAUCGCCGCCCCCGCUCCCCGAGGGCUGGAUCGCCCACCUCGACCAGAACUCGGGCCAGUACUACUACAUUCAUCUCGCGACCCAGGCUACGCAGUGGGAGUUCCCUAAGGGGCCAACGCCGCUGAACCACGAUGUCGCUCCGCUGUCGCCGGCGACCUCGACGUACGGCAAUCCGAUGGCGUCGCCACUCUUGGGUGGCGGAAAGUCCGCUCUCGGUUCACCUUUGUUCCACCCCCAGGGCCACCCAGGCUACGCCGAGAGUAUCAUGAGCGUCUCGGCGUCCGUGGCCCCGACGGUAGCCGGAUUCACCGGUCCUCCGCCCAGCGCGGGCGUCGACGUGUACAGGGUCAUGCCCGCCAACGGCGUCUACUUUGGCCCCUAUCUGCGCUAUGUGAACAUGGAUCUGGAGAGGGGCAUCUGGCUGGGUAGCAUCCUGCUGGUCACUGACGCGCCUCAACCACCGACCAUCCACAUCCACUUGAGCGUGGAUCUCUCUCCCAAUCCCCGGCAGCUUAUCCCCCAGAACAUCUACACCCACCAGCGAUGGGUCUUCUACAAGUACGACAUAGACCUCCAGAUGUCGGAACACGGCACGGAGCGGUGGACGUACGCCGUGACGUCGCACCUCGGGUGCACGCGCUAUGAGUUCGUCGUGGCCGGGCGCUACGAGACGGGCUGGCGCAUGAUUGCCCACUCGGGCAACGACUUCUCCCCGUCAACGAACCAGAACGAGCGGGCCAAACUCGGUGGCGUGAGCUUCAUGUGGAAGGACAUCCUGCAGAAGAAUGUCGAGUGUGGCGGCUUCCACGUCCAGCUUGGGCUCGGCGCCCAGAUCUACGGAGACAGACUGUGGAAGGAGGUGCCGCUGCUGAAGCAGUGGUUGUCCAUGCAGGGCAGAGAGAACCGCAGGAAUGCGCCAUGGACGGCGCGGCAUCAGGAGGACGUGUCGCACGCCUACUUCCACUACUACACGAGCCACUUUGACCAGCCCUAUAUGCGCGAGGCGUUUGCGCAGAUCCCCCACAUCUUGCAGAUCGACGACCACGACAUCUUCGACGGCUUCGGCUCCUACCCAGACUACAUGCAGUCGUCGGCCGUGUUCAAGGGCAUCGGGCGCAUCGCCAUCGAGAUGUACCUGCUGUUUCAACACCACACGACUAUCGAGAUCCUGCGCAACGUCAGCUCCGACAUAGACUUGUUCACCAUCACGGGGUCCGGCUGGCAUUUCGUCAAGUACCUCGGUCCCGCAGUCGUGGUGGUCGGUCCGGAUUGCCGGUCGGAGCGCACGCAGACCAGGGUCAUGGCCGGCCCUACGUACCAAGGCAUCUUCCCCAAGGUGGCCACCCUGCCGCCGAGCGUGCAGCACUGCAUCUGGAUGAUCUCGGUGCCGGUCAUCUACCCGCGUCUGGAGACGGUGGAGACGCUGGCUAACACGUUCGCCACGGGCAAGAAGGCGGUCAACACGACCUACAACAUCCUCGGCAAGGUGACCAGCUCGGUCGCGGGCGUGGUGGGCGGCAAGGAGGUCGUGGCGCAGGGCUUCAAGGAGGUCAAGCGGGCGGUCGGCAAGUCCGGGCUGAUGGGGAGCGUGCUCAAUCAGUUCGGCGAGAUCGACAUCGCCGAGGAGCUGAAGGACCUCUGGACGCAUGAGUCCAAGGACCUCGAGCGCACCUACCUCAUUCGCACGCUGCAGGGCAUCGCACAGCAAAAGGGUAUCCGGAUGACCUUUUUGUCAGGCGACGUCAACUGCGCCGGCGCAGGCCUCGUCCACGACCCGUCCCACCCCUCGGACCACAAGACCAUGUACCAGAUCAUCGCGUCGCCCGUGGUUGCCGCCCCGUGCGGUUCGUACCUGCUCAAGAUGCUGCACAACAACAAGCUCCUGUACGUGCCGCAGAACGGCCACCGCUCCACGCACGAGGUGUCGGACACCAAGGAGGACAUGAUGGAGAUCUUCCACACCGACGCGUCGGGGGCGCCGCGCGAGCUCAAGAAGCUCAUGGCGCGGCGCAACUACGUGGCCAUCGUGGCGUACGACCCGGAGGCCAUGGCGCACGCCGCGGGGGGGAUGCCGACGGCGGGCGGGUACGCGGCCAGCGUGGCGAGCGGGCAGUCGGGUGGCCUGAGCAAGCUGAGCUUGGCCGUGGACUUCGUGGUGCAGGGGGAUGGGCCGUACCAAGGGACGAACAAGUACGGCCCGGUCAUUGUGCCGCAUCUGGAGUAUGGGCAUUGAUCGAUUCUGCUUGGGCCUGUCUGCUUGAUGUGGAUGGGUGGGGGGAGGGAAUAUAAAGGGAGAAGGACUGGGAUGAUCUAUGACUGAGGUAUGCGUGUUGGAUGUCGGGGCGUGAUAUGUUUCCUAUUUGGCUAGCUUCUCUGAGCGUGUUCUGCUGUUGUAGUUAGUUGGAUUCACUUGUUGGGUUGCAGUUGGUUGGAUUCGCUUCUUGGGUAGAUCUCGGGGUGCUAGCAGCCUUGUUUUUGGAGCGUUUUUGGUAUGAGGGGGUGUCUGAAUGAUGUAAAUGGCCACUUAUUCAUCGGUCAAGCGUGAUCAGUAGUUCUCCAUCACCGGUUAUUUGUGUCUUAGUGGUUUGUAUAUCAUUAGGCUGCGCGAGGUCCUUCCCAAGACGGAGCGCAGGGAGUCCUGCCAGUGUCCAAAGCCACGCGAGCGAUGCUCUAUGCUCACUCACUGCUAG